AUGGAAGACGAUGGGCCUCCGGGGAGUUCAGGCGGGUCUCGAGGCUACUGGAAGCAAAAUUUGUAUCUUUUACAAGAAAAAGCGCCGAAACCGAACGCCGUUCAGUGCCGUCGCGCGGUUCAACACAAACCACGACAUUUCGGUGCGGAAUUUCAUGGAUUAAUUGAUAGAAAUGAGGCGGAGAAAAUGCUUCUGGAAGCCGGAGAAGGCUCAUAUUUGGUGAGGGAGUCGAAUCGUUCAAGGGAUGCGUGUACACUGUGUAUGGUGUUCGAUGGGAAGGUUAUGAAUUAUAAACUCUACUACGACGGUCAAUUCUAUGUCGGCGAGAAGCGUUUCGAUACGAUGGAUCUAUUAGUGGCCGAUGGGCUGAUUUCGAUGUUUGUCGAUUUACACGCGGCAGAUUAUAUCAAACGAAUGGCUGAUGAGGCGAUUUAUGAGGAUAGCCCGUAUUCCCGAUAUACGAACGCGGCGACUACAUCUGAUAACAUCGUCCGCCGUCCAGUGACUCGAGCCCACAAUUUCUCGUCGUAUACCUUCAAAGCGCCACAUUAUUGUGAUUAUUGUCGCAAUUUCUUGUGGGGAUUGGUUCAUCAGGGAAUGCGUUGCGAGGACUGUGGAUUCGCCGCUCACAAAAAGUGCUCCGAGAAGACGCUUCAAGACUGUGUACCCGAUUGUAAAUACGUGAAACGAAUGUUCGGAGUAGACAUAACGACACUCUGUAUGGCUCACGGAGCAGAUAUUCCACCGAUUGUCUCCGUUUGUAUUAAUGAGGUGGAGACACGUGGAUUGACUGUUGAAGGCAUCUAUCGAGUGUCUGGAUCAUAUGAUCAUAUGGAAAAGUUGAGACAACAAUUCGAUUCGAAUCAGAAUGUCGAUUUGGCACAGGUAGCGGACAUCCAUACAGUAUGCGGACUGCUGAAACUCUACUUCCGACUUCUCCCCCAACAAUUGAUCCCAUUCAGUGUUCACAAACAACUUCUCGUCGCCUAUCAAGAGACGAAUCAACGGGCGACACACGAAAGAGAACGAGGAUUGAGGAAGGUGAUGAUGGAAUUGUCCGAUGCGAAUAUCAUCACACUUGGAGCCGUUUUGGCGCAUUUGAAAAAGGUAGCGGAUCACAGUUCAAAAAACAAGAUGACCGUCGAGAAUCUCGCAACAAUCUUCUCUCCGACACUCUUCUGUUCGGGUAGUAUUCCAGCAAUGCCCAAUCAUCAACUCCUCCAUUUUCUUAUCAAUAAUCCACGUGUCGUACCGAAACAUCGUUAA